CUGAAGUCUCCCUGGAGAGAGAAGCCAGGUGGUUUCAGGAGGGGCUGGAGCCCUGAACAGGAGAGGGGAGAGGCACCCACUACCUCACCUGCAGCCCACAGAGUCUGGAGUCAAGGAGAGUCAUGGGGUCCAGGGCUGAGCUGUGUAUUCUCUUAGGCGGACUUUCGUUCUUCCUGCUACUGAUGCCAGGCCAAGGGGCCAAGGGUGGCUCCCUCAAAGAGAGACAGGGGGUCUGCUCUAAGCAGACACUGGUGGUACCGCUCCACUACAACGAGUCCUACAGCCAACCCGUGUACAAGCCGUACCUGACCCUCUGUGCUGGAAGGCGCAUCUGCAGUACCUACAGGACCACAUACCGUGUGGCAUGGCGGGAGGUGAGGCGGGAAGUGCAGCAGACCCAUGCUGUGUGCUGCCAGGGCUGGAAGAAGCGACACCCAGGGGCGCUCACCUGUGAAGCCAUUUGCCUUAAGCCUUGCCUGAAUGGAGGUAGCUGUGUUGGGCCUGAUCAGUGCGAGUGUGCCCCUGGCUGGGGGGGGAAGCACUGUCAUGUGGAUGUGGAUGAAUGUAGGAUCAGUGUCACCCUCUGCUCACAUCGUUGUCUCAACACGGCGGGCAGCUUCACCUGCAGCUGUCCCCGGGGACUGGUGCUGGGCCCUGACCAGCGUACCUGUACAGAGGGAUCCCCAGAGCCCCCAACUAGUGCCAGCAUCCUCAGCGUGGCCAUUCGAGAAGCUGAACAUGAAAGCACCCUGAGGAGGGAGAUUCUUGAGCUUCGAGGGCGCCUGGAACAGCUGGAGCAGUGGGCUGCUCAGGCCGGGGCCUGGGUCCGGGCUGUGCUGCCCAUGCCGCCUGAGGAGCUGCAUCCAGAACAGGUGGCAGAGCUGUGGGGCUGGGGUGACAGGAUCGAAUCUCUUAGUGAUCAGGUGCUGCUGCUGGAGGAGAGGCUGGGUGCCUGCUCCUGUGAGGACAACAGCCUUGGUCCUGGCCUCAAUCACUGAUACGGAACCUCCUCAGUGUCCCAGCCUCCUAAUUUAUACACAGGUGGCACCCACUCAUCCUGGGGGAUUGGCCACCUGGGAGCUGCAGAUAAGGCCAUCAGCCAUCAAAGAAGUGAGCCAGAGCUUUGGAGAGCUGUGGGAAAGUGGGCUGUCUUGGCCUGUCUUUUCUCACUGGAGCAAGUUGCCUAGGCAAAGAAGGACUGCUUCUCCAACUCCUUAACAAAUACAGCAAGAAAGCACCCAGAUCUCUCUCUCUCUCUUUAUUCUUAGUUGCUUGCUGUUAUCCAGAUAAUAAAAGCCAACCACACAAAACUGGAUCCCAUCCUCUCCUGCUCCCAGAUACCUCCUGGGUUGAGGGGGGUGGGGGGAGUGAACAGGUCUGGAGUGAGAGGCAGGGAGCAGUCAAUACCACGAGGGGGAAAUGACAACUGGCUCAGAGAGGGGGCGGUCUCAAAAGAAAGAGAAAUAAAUUAACAUUCCCCUCUCCCCUUCAGCCAGGGUCCAGGUCUUUCCCCAACUCUCCAGGGACCAGUGAGUGCAGCACCUGACGUCUGCCUCUCCCCCAUGUCUGGUUAGGAUGGUACAGGGGGGCUGAAUGGCGUCAAGACCACUGAAGAACUGUAUCCCAGGGACAGGGGC